AUGAUAGCUGUGGCUCUGCUUGCCGCCGCCUCCUUGUGGAGCUUGCCGGCUCUGGCGACAACCGGAGCAUCGCAGGCGGCCGAGGGGACUUCCGGGAUAAGGAAGUUUGUGAAAUUCGUGCUGCACCUGGACACAGAGCUGGUUGCUAUCAUAGCGAAGUACGGGACGAUGACGUAUGCGAUCCUGUGGUCGAUUGUUUUGCUGAGACAGCAUCUUGCAGGUUUGGUUGUCACGCCUUUCCUCCCCGGAGACUCCCUACUGUUUGCAUGUGGAGCCUUGUGCGCCAUUGGAUCUCUCAAACUCGUUCCUGUCGUUGUGACUUUCUUGACUGCUGCUAUCAUCGCAGGUGAUGCGGUGAACUAUGCGAUCGGCAGUGUGGUGGGCCCGAAGGCGUUUGAGAGCGACAGCUGGUUCUUGAAGAAGAAGAAUCUUGAGAAGACUCAAAAGUUUUACGAGAAAUAUGGAGGGAAGACCAUUGUUCUUGCUCGCUUCGUUCCCAUCGUCAGGACGUUUGCUCCUUUUGUUGCCGGAGUUGGCACCAUGAAAUAUUCGUCUUUCGCUUUCUACAACGUCAUCGGAGCUAUCACCUGGACGACUCUCUUUGUAGGCGCAGGCUUCUUCUUUGGCAACCUCCCAGCCGUGAAGCAUAACUUCACCCUUGUCGUGCUCGGUAUCGUCGUCGUCUCCGUCGUCCCGGUCAUCCUGGAGCUUUUGAACGCGAAGAAGGAAGACAAACAAUGA